AGUCACAAGAACACUCUUCAAGCAGCAUUGACAGAAAAUGGAGGAUAUUACCCAGCUGCUGUCUGAUGUGCUCGAGGAUCUUGUGGAGUCAGAGCUCAAACAGUUCACCAGGCAGCUGUGGAUCGGUGUGAAACCAGGCGUCGAACCCAUUCCUCGGGGAAAGCUGGAGAAUAAGGACCGUCAGGAUGUGGUGGACAGCAUGGUUCAGCAGUACAGCGAGGAUGCCGGGACAAUCACAGUACAGACACUGCGCAAAAUCAAGCAGAACGAACGUGCAAAGCGGCUCGAGUCCAAUCUGCUGAAAGUUCAGUCGCAGGGGCAAGAAAAUAAGCAAAACUCUGAAGAACCGCAGCCCAUCCCGCAGAUCAUCUCGCAGCCCAUCCAGCAGAUCAUCUCGCAGCCCAUCAACAAUGCCGGGUCUGAGGAUCUCCAACCCAUCCAGGCUGACUGGCAGAGACCACGGCAGAUCAUUCCCUGCAGUCAAGAGACUAAAAACACACUUCUUAAAGCACACGGAGACGAUAUUUACACACCGAGGAGCGGGACUCAAAGGAAAGGCUUGGCUCUGUUGAUCACCAACAUACAAUUCGCCAAUACACAACACAACCGAAACGGAGCGGACAGAGACGAGGAGAACGCGGAGUGGCUGCUGAGAUCUCUGGGCUUCGCAGUUAUAAAAUACAGAAAUCUCAGUGGAAAAGACAUCAGGAGAGCAGUCGAGAAUUUCUCUAAACGUCGUGAACAUGAAGACGCAGACAGCACCUUUAUCGUCAUCAUGUCUCACGGGACUAGAAUUGACAAUAAAGAUGCCAUUGUAGGUGUCAGUGACGACGUCUACUUUAUUGAAGAAACUUUCUCCCAUCUGAACUCUGUGAACUGUCCGGCUCUGAUCGACAAACCCAAGGUUAUCCUGAUUCAGGCCUGCAGAGGAGGACAAUCCAGUGGCGUGCUUGCUCAAGAUUCUGUGUUUGCAUCGGACUCGUGGGUGCACAUGGAGAAAGACUUUGUCUGUUUUAUGUCCACCAUGCCUAAUACUUUCGCAUACAGGAAUCCAAUCGAGGGAAGUUUUUUUAUCAGCUACAUAGUGGAUGUGUUCUGUUCGUCAGCCCACAGGGAUGACAUUAUGGAGCUGUUUAGGAAGGUCACCUUGCGUAUGGAGAAAGAUCAACGUUUCCAAGGUCAGGCGAAACUCUUGCCGUGCAUUGAAAGGACGUCCAUUUCAAAGAGGUUCUACCUGUUUCCUGGACUGUGAAGACAUGAAGAGUAAACCUGCUUCAGAGGGAAACAGCACAGGUGAUCAGAGUAAAACAUGUACAUCACCAUGCUGAAGGCCCUUUUUACCUCAAUACAAGUCAUUAAUAAAAACACAGGUAUUAUCAGAUUUUAUAUUAACAUACUCAUCUUUGGAAAGGUCUUAGAAGACAAUGAUUAUUCAAUCUACUGUAAACACUGUAAUGAGGGGCGUUCUCUAUUCAUCUGGGGUGUUUUCUUAUUCUUUUCUUUAGUCAUUCGUCAUGUAAUCAUUUUUAUUACAUUUAACAGAAAUUAAUUCAACCAUAUUAUCGAUUCAUUUAAUGAUCAGUAAUGGUAUAGCAUGUGUUAUCUUUCACUGUGUUAUGAUCGGCUGAUUGUGUGGUUUCCAGGGGAUCAGUCUGAAAUCUGUAGGAAAAUUACUGUACUUCAAGGUGUUAAUGGUUCUUUACUCUGUUGUUAAACAGUUUAUUUUUAUUGCUUGGGCUUUAAUAUCACUGGAUGGAUCUGUCCUUGUCUGCUCAUUCAGUAAACUGGUAAAUCAAA